AUGGAUUACUCAAGUGCUUUUGCUAUAGGAGACAAUCACGUGAACCAAGAGAAGCCUCCACCGCGAGUGUGUCCUAGGUGUAACUCAAACAACACCAAGUUCUGUUACUACAACAACUAUACGGUGUCUCAACCGCGCUACAAGUGCAAGGAAUGUCUCCGACACUGGACUCACGGUGGAGCGCUAAGGAACAUACCCAUUGGUGGAGGUAGCCGUAAAAUUUCUGCUGAGAAUAUCCAACAAGUUAAUCGUCGUCACCAACCUUUCUUACGUGGUCAAGAAAGCAACCAGUUUGUUGGAUAUUUUGGUGGCUCUUCUUCUUCUGGUAUUGCUAAUGGGAACCAGGUCGGUUCUUUUCCUGAAACUCAUGGCGAUAUGGGGCUUCCAUUUCACAGUUUUCCACCAAUGCAUCGCUCUUAUAUCCAUGAUGGAUUGUUUCAACACGAUCACUACAACGUUGAUUCCAAUGAUUUGUAUCGUAAUCAUUUGAAUAACCAAUUAAUUGGCAGUUAUAAUGCUCUGAGCUCUGAUCGUAACAGUUACAUCAAUCAACGGGAGAAUCAAAACCAGUGGAACCACCAGAGCUUCAACAAUACUAUGAACAUGAAUCAUAAUGCCAGCACCAGUGGAAGCAGACAAGCUUGGGACACUUAUCAAAUUAACAAGAACUACUGUGUGUCUAAGUCCCCUUACCAGCAUGGUCCUUGA